UCGUGAACAUUGACUAUGAACUGGCUACAGAAUUGAUUCUAAACCAUACUGAACAAAACCUGCGAAAAGACUCAUACGGAUAUUAUCUGGACUGUCAGCGGUUACUGGAAGUUGUAAUAAUUGAGCUGGAUACUUCAAGUUUAGCGCGUCAAGCUACUAUUGUCGAGUGUUAUGUCAGUGAUGUACCACGAGCGACCUCAUUGGGGAUGUCUAGCUGUAACAUUGAUAGCGUCACAAAAACCCGUAUUCCUGGCAAAAUAUACCUAAGGAGGACACGAGGUCGAUUUUUCAGGUUUAACUUCGAUAAAAGGAUAUACGAGAAAGUGUCGUAUAAGAUAUUUAUAUCAAGUAUAGACGCACAAAACGGUGAGCCAUGUUUUGAAAGUAUUGAUGUACAAGAGACCCAGGUAUCGGGCAGUUAUAUUUCAUAUUCUCGAGUUAAACGUUUUUCUGAUAGGGAUUUUUUUUUUAACAAGCCCUAUAUGUUUCAAAGACAUCGAAAGCACAAGGCAAGAAGACACCGUUACAACAUGGGAUAUAAAAAAGAAACGAAAUAUUUUCAAAAUGAGGUCCAAAAUGAGGUACAAGAUGAGGUCCAAGAUGAGGUCCAAGAUGAGGUACAAGAUGAGGUCCAAGAAGAGAGGUCCAGGAUUAUUUGUUGGGUUCAGAACUUAACAGACCUGACACCUUGGAUAUUGGUGGAUCUAAUUUCAUUAACAAAAAUAGAAGGAGUUGGUGUAUCCUUUUCCAGAGAUCAUGAUAGAUGGACCACUUUCAGUUUAUAUUUUGGCACGGAUAAGGAUCACCUCAAGGAAUACAAGAACAGGGAAUUUCGGAUUUAUCCCCGAAGUUUAAAUACAACAGAACAGACAUUUACUUUUCCUAGUCCAAUCAAAGCCAGAUACGUAAAAUUCAAUGAAAUACUUGCAAAUCCAACACAUAAACAACGAUGCUUAAGUUUUAUGUUUUACGGUUGUAAAUUGACAAGUAUCAUUGACCAAACUAGCAGCAGUUCAUCUGAAAUGCUACCCCUUGAUCAAGAAUUGCGAUCCGGAAACUCAUCUUUCAUUAGUAAAACAAGUGUUGAGGAAUGUAAAGAUCUUUGUAAAUCUACAAAAGGUUGUAGUGUUGCCAGUAUCAAUGAAGAGAGACUUUGUUAUCACUACAUGGGUAGUGAACUUGGAAUAUGGAAAAGUACUAAGAUUACAAAAGGCAGUCAGUGGUUUGUCAAGCUACAAAACAAUGUAUUUACGGUAUCCUUUCCGACGGCUUACCAAAAAGAGUCGUUUUUUCGAAGCGUACAGUACAUAGAUAAAGCCUCUAUAAUAACAUCUCUCAGUUACCCUCUAACGGCAAUGUUAGACUAUGACAUACUAUGGAUUGUUAAUUUCGUACCAGGACGGUUUGCCAAAUUUGUUUUCACAAAUGUUUCACUAUCUGAGUGUGAACUCAUUGUUAAAACAUCGAAAGAUGGUAACAAAGGAUUUAUCAUUGACGCGCGGUACAACGAUAGGGUAUUUGUACUAGAAACAGAUAAAAACUUGUUGUUCUUAUCAGCAAUGCCAAAAACAACGAUGUCGACACCAAAGAUAAAAUUCCGAGCAAUUGUAACUGCUGAGGACACUCCAGCCUGCUUUUCACUAGAUUUAAAUGGACUCUCUAAUAUUAGACAAGAACUGUGCAAUAAACGAAGUAUGUUUCUGACAUCCCUUUCUUAUUUGAAUCACCCGUUAAAGUCGGAAGAGUUCGCAAUUCAAGCCGGAAAACAUCAAAACAUUGACAUCACCUUCAUCGAUUUCUGCAUAGCGUGUUUUAGAUAUAUAGGCUUAGGUAAGUUAAUUCUAAUAUACAAAUCUAUGUU